AUCCCUUAUCCUGUCCAUAGGUGGAAGCCUGUAGAGUUAAUUCCCGUCACAAACUCUUUAAAAAAACGGCAAAAACAGGGACUGUGUCACCAGUGUCCUACCUCUUGUGCCAUGGGUUGUUUAGUUGGAUUGUGGUGGUUUACUCUCCUAUUAGCUGUUGUAAAUAUAAAGGCUCAAAAGAAGCCCUCUAUAAAUAUCAACUCAAAAUGCUUGGGGAACGUCAUGCGUGUGGAUGUCGGUCCACUUGGAGGAAAUCUUCUUGAAGUGUCCGGUGUCAUCAAUAACUCUGCAAUCCUCUUUACACCAACAUUAGCUUCUAUGUGUGGCUUCAGCAUGAAGAUAGACCCUCUGGGAAAUGCUAUGAUUUAUGCCUCCCUUCAAAACUGUUUUGCUCAAAAUGUGGACGAUAAAGCAUUCACAACAAAGUUAAAUCUUCGUCUGCACGGGAAUCGGAUGGUUGAAGACGAGCUGUACCAGGUGGCUGAGACCUGCCACUACACUGCCUGGGCCUCCAGGGAAAUUGUCUGUGUCCACAACUAUAUAGAGGUGUCUGUGAAGAGGUCAGCUCCAGAUGAUUAUGCCCUGCCUCAACAUCCCGUCUCAGGGGCUAAUUCGAUGUUUCGUGAUGUUCGACACGCUGCUAAGAAACAACCCAUAGAUGCAGGAUUCAGAAUCACAACACUCGUGUUCUUCACUCCCAAGGAGAGGAUCAUGAAUGUCCCUGAGGCCCAGCGCAGAGGUUAUGGGAUCGUAAACACCCCUACAAGGCUGGUUCUGCGAAUCCCAAAGACUUCACCUGAAAUGUACACCCAGAAUGUAGCCGGUGUGCCUAUGAUGGUGCUUAAAACUUCAGUGAAAUUUGAAAAGAAGUGGCUGGUGACUCAAAUCAAUGCAGAAGCAGCUUGCCCAAUACUGGAGGGUAGUGUUUCUUUCACUCCAAACACAAUCAGCUGGAUCCUGCCGAGGCACAUUGACUCUCUGAUUUCCUCUGGUCAAUCUAAACUGUUGGAGGUGCACAUGGGCGUCGAUGGCCAGAGGCUCGACACUGCUGAGAUGGCUGCCAGACAAUAUGUGUUGUCUGUCAAUGAGCAACACAUCGUCAUUGAAAUUCCUGUUGGGGCUGUUGGUGGCCACUUUAAGAGUCAUGUUCAGGAUGGUCAGUACCUCACUACUUAUACCAUUGAGCUGAUGCUCGAGUUGCUCUGGACUGAAGACAACACUCACGAGGACACACGAUACAAAGUCCUCCUUCCCAUCACGACACCAUUUCUGUCUCGUCCUCUGCAAGUUAUUGACAACACUGUUCCCAAUGAGCAGAUAUUUAAGGUGCUGCUUGGGCCUUUCAUCUCUGAUGUGGCACUAAUGAACAUCACCUUCCCCUAUGAGGUUUUGUCGGUGGCGGACAGCAAUGUCAGAGGCUUUAAUAUCCUGCAGCACAAGUCCCGCAACAGCAGCUCAAAGGUCUUUACACUUGAAGUGCCCUUCACGGACCCUAGCGUACUACAAAUGACAGAAAAGGGCAUUACAGUCUACUCUCUUCACCUGACCUUUGGCUUGCUGGUCCUGCCAGAGUUUGCUCCAUUUUCUCUCUCUGCUUAUCUGGAAGCUAAAAUAGAAGACAUAGUUCCUCCCUCUGUCUCUGGUGGCUGUGAUGAUCAAAACUUUUAUGUCCUUGUGAAACACGGGACCCACGGCUUCAACUUUCAGACCAUAGUAGGAAGACAAGUGUUGACUCCGGACUUGGCUCAGCAGUACGGCUUCAUGGACAAUGGAACACACUUCAGUUUUAAAGUACCAUCUUAUGCCCCCAUUGUUGCGAAAGAGGCUGUUAAGGGGUCCUCCAUCAGAAGCAGACUCAAUGUGGCUCUGAAGAAUCCUGAGGCCAACAAAAAUAUCAAAGAAUUCUCUUUGGCUUGCAAUUUCUUCUCAACACUGACUGAGUGUUUUCCUAAUGGAACCAUGACAGCUUUGGCUAUGAAACUGGAGUCAGUUCCCAGUCUAAACCCCAGGCAGCUCACCCUCAGAGACCCCCACUGUGGUCCCUCCUACAGCAAUGACCACUAUGCUUAUUUUGUCUUUACUGGAAACUCCUGUGGGACGACCAGAAAGUUUUUGCCAAAUAUGAUGAUGUAUGAAAAUGAAAUCUCUGUGCCAGAUGAACUUCAAAUGAAAAGGGAAUCAAAUAAGGAUGAACCAGAGUAUCAUCUAAAGGUUUCUUGUCAUUAUGACAUCAACACAAACCAUGCUGUGGCCUUCCUCACCAGCCCUCGCACAAGUGAACCAUAUGCUGAAAAUGCAAGAGGAGAGUUGCAAGUUGAAAUGAGACUUGCUUCAGACGACUCAUACAGAGCAUUUCACAGCGUAGAUGGUCCCAUCGCAAAGUACCUACAACAGCCGCUGUAUUUUGAGGUGGAACUGAUGAGGUCUACAAACCCCGAGGUUUCAUUGGAGCUUAUGUCCUGCUGGGCGACGCUGGAGAAUGACAAGAAAUCCCUUCCCAGAUGGGACAUAAUCAUUGAUGGCUGUCCAAGCCCAAGGGACCCGUACCAGGUGAAAUUCCAUCCUGUUUUUCCUGAUGGCAGAGUUCAGUAUCCUUCUCAUGUCAAGCGCUUUGAGGUCCCGAUGUUUGCCUUCGCCGAAGACAAAGAUAACUUGAGAAGCAAGCUCUUUUUCCACUGUGACGUGGUGCUCUGUGAUGCCAGAAAUCCAGUGGGUAGAGCUUGUACUGGGCAGUGUUCAAACCCGGACUACACAAUAACAGGUCAAAAACGUGCUGUUUCAGAAGGCCAAAGUUCCGAACACGUGUCAUCAGGACCCAUAUUUAUUAAAAGAUUUUAAAAGAAUUUA